AAAAAUAUGUUACAGGCUACAAUGGAAAUUCAGAACUUAUUUGUUUGGAACAGUUUGUCACUUUAACACAAUUUCUGACCCCAGAUGUCUCCUUUGAAGAACAAGAAAAAGAGCGAGAAGUCACUUCUCCUAAAUGGACUAAAGUAUCUCUGACUCUUCUCAGUCUCUCUCUUGUUUUUGCUCUCGGAGGUCUCUGUGCUCUAGGGAUGCUUUAUGUCAAUACGCUUGCCGAUUUGAAAUCAGCUCAAGAGAAGAACAGCACAAUCAUGAGAGAACUAGAGGAACUGGAAACUAAUUGCACCAGAGUUCAAGAAUCUCUCUCCCUUUCUGUCGCCCAGUCUUGUAAUCUCACUGUGAAUGGCUGGAUAGCUUGUCAUGGAAAGCUGUAUUUAUUCAACUCUGAUAAACUGAACUGGUCAAGCAGCCGUGCUUUCUGUGUUUCAAAAGGAGCUGAUCUGGUCACCAUAACCAGCCAAACAGAACAGGCAAGUCAGAUCAGUUAUAGUCUAGAGUAUUGCCAUUGAUAAGCAUUUGUGCAAACAGUUCACACAAAAUACGUACAAAUGGAAAUAUGAAAUCUUCACAGAUCCUGCUGUACGAUGACUACGUUAUGAC